AUGCGUUAUUACUAUCCUCUUUCACUUAUCGAAAACAUGGAUGAGACGCCCUUGACUUUUAACGUGCCUAAUAAUAUUACAAUUGAAGAAACUGGAACUCGCACAGUCGGAAUUCCUGGUGCUGUUGCUCCCGAUAUUAAUGUUGGCCUCAAUCCUGAUACUGCUCCUCCAUAUAACCAGCAUGAAAAUCAAAUUCUACGAUACGAAUAUACUGAUGUCUUGCGGACUGUUAAGCUAAUGAAUAAGAAACCUAUUGAAGGCAAAAAGGUAUAUAAAUCUGAAGUUAAAACCACCCCAAAAAAGAAGAGAGAUUAUAAAAAUCGAAGGACACCAUUUACACCACACCAACAAAUUCAGUAUGUGCGUAAUAUCCCAGAUUUUUCUUAG